AUGCCCUUUGGGCUGAAGAACACCAGAGCAACCUACCAAAGGCUCGUGAAUAAAAUUUUCAAGAAGCAGAUGGGAAAAACUAUAGAGAUCUACGUCGACAACAUGCUAGUCAAAGCUCCUGAGCGUGCAGACUACUUCAAGAACCUUGCCGAGGCAUUCAGCCUACUCCAACAGUAUCGCAUGAAACUAAACCUAAACAGAGCGUCAAACCAAAAAGAAGCUGGAGCAGGCAUCGUCAUCAUCACCCUAGAUGGAACUCUGUUGGAGCAAGCUAUCACGCUUGGCUUCCCGGCCUUAAACAACGAGGCAGAGUAUAAGGUAUUACUCGCUGGCUUGUGCUUGGCAAAGGAGCUAUCAAUUAAGAAGCUGGCCAUCUACUCAGAUUCUCAGCUGAUCACAAAUCAAGCCUCAGGAGGUUACAUGGCAAAGCGCCAGAGGAUGAUCUUAUACCUUGACAAAGUCCAAGAUUUGUUGAAGGCAUUUCCUACCUUCACAUCCAACAGGUGCCCUAGAAAGAGAAAGCGUAUGCAGACGUAUUAG